AUGUCUGAUAGCCAUUCCGGAAGCCCUUUAAUCCGGUGGAGGACUGUAAAAUUAUACCCACUCGCUUGCCAGAGCGUUGGCACCAAAGUUGGCAUUUUCCACGGAAAUCACUGGUGGCAUACUACAGGGCCAGCACGAGACGCAUAUAACAGAAAGAGAUUAGCUAUUCGCGUACAACUCAACGACACUUUUAACGACCGCUGUGACACCAUUGUUCACUUCAAUCUUUACAUGAUUAGUCGGACAGCAAACACUGCUGCAGCUAUACCUACUAUCAUGUUCUUUUGUAAGGAGAAAGAACCUCGUAAGGCAGCGAAAAGAACGCUUGAUGAAGGAGGUAUAUUGCAGCACCUGCCUGGUUUCAGAACGGGUCAUCAAUCUACGGAGCCAGGCAUUUGCUUUCUUGUUCAGCCUGCUUCGCAAAUACGUUGGAAAGAGCAAUCGAAAAAAUUUGCCCCAGAUGUUUAUUUCGACCCUGGUCGCCACAUAGAAACCAUCGGUAUGCCAAUUUUCGUGGAUCACGGCGAAUAUAUGCGACAAGCCACCGCCAAUGCUGUGUUUGAAGAUGAGCGGUGUGUUUACAUCUCCGUGUCGCAUGUAUUUGCUGCCACCUCUUCCGCAGCACAAAGCCCUGCGUCGAAUUCUGACAGUGACUAUGACGUUGGUAGUGGUACUGAAUACGAAUCAGACGGAGAACAAGCCCGAAACACAUCCCGCGCCAGCAUCAGUUCCUCUGAGGAUAGUUCAGACAGCUGCCCAGACUCAGCUUCACCGGAUUCAGAGCUCGCAGAUCCUGUUAGUGACGCAAUCUCAAUAACCGCCAGUGUUCAAAACGAGCAAUCUCUCACCUCUACCCGUUUCAUAACUCCUGGAUCGACUUCGCUACCCAGUUUGAGCGCACCCUCGGUUCCCGCACAAGCUCCUCCGCGAGAGAAAUUGGAGUAUCUGGGAUACAUGAGCAGGUCGUGCGACGAUAUAGACUGUGCUGUAAUACAGAUCAUAAACACAGAAGUUUACACCAUUGUGCACGCACUCAAGUCUGAUUUGCAGACUAAACGUCAGUCUGCCUGUCGAGAUGAACCGGCCCUGGCCUCUUUUGUCCUGACGCACACAUCUUCAGGCGCAAUCCCUGGAUCUGUCCUUGAUACUGUAUCUUGCAUGCGACUUCCUAACAGUCCAACCUUUCAAGAAGUACGACAAGUACAUCUGGAUCGCUGUCUCGACUGGGGUGAUUGUGGGGCUGUUGUCAGCACAGGGCUGGCAAAGGAUCCAUAUGGUUUCAUUGUUGCAAGUUCUACAGACAGACUCGUGGCAUACAUUAUUCCAGCAGAUCUGAUUCUCGAAAGUAGUGGAUUGAAAUGGAGUAUACAGAGAGUAUUUGAUGAAGGAUCUCCACAUGAGAAUCCUGAUUCUUCAAGAUCCCUUGAUCCAGUGGCUCUCGCUUUCAAUCGUGUCUCGCUGCCUGAUUAUCCCAUUCACUUGAAGCGUGCACUGGCUGUAAUGCUAGGGAAAGCUAUAGACUCGUGUUUGCAACACAAAACCGACAAGGAUUUGAAACUGGGGCCGCAAUUAUCGCCCAUGCCUCGUUUACAGGCCGGCAAUUUAGACAUACCCCAGAGUACCGUGAGCACGAGCUCUGCUCCCAGGAAAUCUAAAAGAAGGUAUCGCUGUUCAAUUGGCAUAGCAUCUCCUACUGAUCCAUCUGUUGCGGGUUGUCCUGCUCCGCUGUUUACGCCAAUAGAUGUUAGCAUGCAAUCAGUAUGGGAGAAAUCGGCUGUAGCGCCACUGAGAUUCAUCGGCAAAUCUUUGGAUCCUUUCCAAAACAUGUAUCAAACAUUCUAUCCGCGGGUAUCUGUAGAAGCACUUCAAUACAAUUCUUCCCGUCAUUUCAGCACGUAUGGAUUGGAAAGGCAUUGGAUUCCAUGCAUAUUGGAGCAAUCGUCCACCUAUCUGAGUUUUCUACAUAUAGAGGCUGCCUAUGGAGAUGUCAUAUCUGAGAGGGCUACUGAAAGUCUCGAAGCAAUGGUUAUGCGACAAGAGGUAAUUACUAUGGUAGGCGAAGAUCUACUCAGUUCAACUCGUUCGGUCGCAGAUCACAACAUCACAGCAGUUGUACAGUUGAUCAUGGCCGAAAUUAUUGCACGGAAAGAAACUGAACUUGUCUUACACGAGAGAGGACUUGAAGCAAUGAUCAGGAAGAGAGGAGCAUUAGGUGACCUUGGAAUGGUGGGCCAUUUGAGUUCCUUGGCAUCCUGGACCCAUCUUGAGUCUGCCAUACUUCGCGAAGCGAAACCGCAAGCUAUCUACGCAGGAUUUUGCGAAGCUAACUGCCAUAUCUCUCUUCCGAUGACAGCAACCGUUGCCGAAUCUCCUAUUUACUGUCCCCGUGGGAGCUUUGUCACCCUUCAAAGGUCGAAGAAGUGCAGUCCAAUGGCUCUAAAGCUAGUAAGCGACAUGUUUACGCUAAUUCGCGGAAACUUUAUCAAGCAAAGUCCACGAACAUUUUGCGACCCCGUCGUGGUCAACAAUCUCAUUGAAAAGAUAACAACGGAAUAUCUACCGGUGUCACAGUUGGAGAAGACACGAAUGAUACUCGAAGAAGACUGGAAAUAUGAAGCGAUACGCGUAACUUCGAUGGUUCUUGCCACGGCAAUCAGCAGGCAGAGACCUCUUUCUGAAUCAUUAAGUUUCCUUGCUCUGACAUAUCAAGCAUCUGAAGUGGACAGUAACUCAACAUUCUCUCGAAGUGAGUCUGUCUUUUCAAGUGUGGAAGAUGGAUACCGCACACCCUUCUCCAACUACAGCGCUUCCCCGGCAAUUUCGACUGAGCUAGUGAGCUUUCAUAUUAAAACUAGUGGGCUUUCACUCGACGCAGAAAGUUUCGCACCUUCAUUGCCUAGCCCAUCGCCGGCUUCUACUCAUUCGAACCAUCAGUCACAUUCGUCGAGUAGUUCCUCAGGUGGGAACUCCUUCUACUCAGCACCGGAAACUACAACAUUUGAAGAUACAGUUGUCCUUAGGGACCUCAAAGAAGCGUUGGAAAAGUCAAAUCUCUCUGAUUGCUGGUCGGAUAUGGCAGGCGUCCUCCUAUGGAUUGGUCUCACAGUCGGUGCGGCUAGCCGCAGAUCUUCAUCGAAGGUGCUAAGUCGAUAUUUCGCUGCAAUUGCUAUGCGAGCCUCCAUAAUGCUUUGCUUUGACCAUCCGGAGGCUGUGCAUGCCACCCUUCUCCAAAUGACCGAGAUUGUAGAAACACUUUCCAUCCCUAUAGAUAGUACUGUCGAGGGAAUCGUGUCGAAGAAGCGGAAGAUGUGA